AAAUUGGAUAAGGACAAAACACGUCAGUUACAAAUUGAACUAUCAUCCCUGACCCACCAACAAAUUUUUUUUCUCUGGAAGCAAAACAAAAGCAAAAGCAUGGAAGAAAACACAGAAACCGCCUCUGUUACUUCCCAAAAUUCCCUCUCCUAAAAGGAUGGAGAGAGAUCAGGCAAAUACUCUUCCUUUAAUCUCCCUUAGUCUCUCCUUUAAAAUCACUCUGUGGUAAGCAGCUUCCCCCCAUUCUUUUUCAACUUUUCCCUUCCCAAACCCUAAUUUUAUUUUCUCCUUUUACCUCAUUUCUUCAUUUUUCAUUACCUAAUCUCAUCUACUCUGAUAUAUUUCUCAAAAUUUUCAGAAUUUCAUUUUAAAAUGCAAAUUACAUUAACAAUCUUAAUAUGCCCUACUUUAAAAGAAAUAAAUGUUUUAUAUUUAUGGAAUUUUGUUUAAGCUCCUGUUUCAAGCUUAGUACCCCAGCAACUGAAGCGUGGAAUCUUCAACUUUUAUUUUCAACAGGUAGCUUAGUUUAAGUUCUGCAUUGGGUUUGAUUAUAUUACUGGGAAUGUUUUUGUUAUUUAGUUGUUUUCUUUGUUGAAUUCUACUUAGGGAAAAUCCUGAAGGAAUUUUUAUUUUUGAGUAAUUUUUCCCGUCGAAAAGGAUAGGAGGAAGAGGAAUUUUUUUAAGAAACAGAUGAACACGCCCUUUAAAAAGAAAGGGGUCGAUAAUAAUCGGAAACUGAAAUGGGUUAGUAAUUCUGGGAGCUCUAAUCCUGGAGACACUGUUGAUCGUGUACUCUGUCCUUGGAGAAAAAUUGGUGGUGUUGUUGGAAAGGGUGGGAAUAUAGUAAAAGCAUUAAGGGAGGAGACUGAGGCAAAGAUCAGGGUUGGUGAUUUAGUUCUUGGUUGUGAUGAGAGAGUUAUUAUUAUUUAUAGUUCGCCCUUGAAGGUGAAAAAACAUAGUUCUGAUGAAGAUUCGUGUGGUGAGAAUGAAAAAGAGGUGGUGGUAGCGAUGGAGCCUUGCUGUGUUGCUCAGUAUGCUCUGUUGAAAGUUCAUGGUCGGAUUGUUGAGGACCAUCUGUUUGGUGGGAUGGCAUCGGAUGAUGAUAACGGGAAUAAUGUUGUCACUGCACGACUUCUUGUUCUAAAUAAUAUGGUAUGAUGUCUUUUAGGGAGACGGGGUGAUGUGAUUUAAAGAUUGCGAACUGAGACAAAUGGUAGUAUCCGUGUUCUUCCUAUUGAUCAUCUUUCUGCUUGUGCAAUGGCAACUGAUGAAUAAGUGCAGAGGUUAAAGUUUUACUACCUAUAUCUCACUGCUUCAAUGCUUUGAACUGCCAACUUGGAGUUGAAUGAAGUGCUAUCUUUGAACAGUUUAGGCCAUUGGCAUUUACUUUUUGGCCCAUCACCAUUUCUUGGAGAGAGGAUGGCGUAUAAUGUCAAAAUAUUUUGAAAAUGUGAUGGAGGUUCUGGAAGUUUGAGGAUGACAUUUAAGAAGAAUGUUCCAUAGAGGAUUGUACGCAGGGAUACAAAGUUAUCUACAUUGUAUGUGUUAAUAGUAUAGGAUGCAUAAGUUGGCAUAUAGGCAUGUAUUACAUCUCACUGAUGUGGUAAUAUAAACAUCCUUUAUAUUUCAUGAGUCAAUUUCAUAUAGGAUUGGGCUUUUCUUUUAAGGAAUGACUUAUCACUUGAUUAGCUUUAUGGUUUACCAAGUGAGAUGGCUUUUUUACUAUUAUGAUACGGAGGCUUUUUCUAGUUUUAUUGCAUUUUGGGCCUUUUGGCAUGAGUGAUUGUUCUAACGCAUAAAUCUGUGGACCUAUCGUUAAACAUAGAUUUUAAGAAUUGUGACCAAAUCUUUUUUGUUUAUGUGUGAUUGGUUACCUAACUGAAUCUGUUAUAUUUUAAAGAUAAGUCUUAAAUUUGAUUUGAGUAUCUUUAAAAUGUAAAUUAUAGUUUAUGAAAUCAGAUUUUAGGUUCGGGAGUGCGGUUACGAGUGGUGAAGGUUAUAACAUCCUCAUAAUGCUUAUUUAAAAUAUGGUAACAAUUUGAUUUCAAAUUAUCAAAGCUAUAAAGUCUUUUUGUAAUUUUACC